AUGAAUGUAAGGCCUUUCUUGGUCGAGUCGCUUAAAAGCAUGAUGGUUACGCCUUUCUUGCUCGAGUCGCUAAAAAGCAUGACGGUAACGCCUUUCUUGGUCGAGUUGCUUAAAAGCAUGAAGGUAAGGCCUUUCUUGGUCGAGUCGCUUAAAAGCAUGAUGGUGACGCCUUUCUUGAUCGAGUCGCUUAAAAGCAGGAAUGUAAGGCCUAUCUUGGUCAAGUCUCUAAAACGCAUGAUGGUGACGCCUUUCUUGGUCGAGUCGCUUAAAAGCAUGACGGUGACGCUUUUCUUUGACGAGUCCCUUAAAAGCAUGAAGGUGAGGCCUUUCUUGGUCGACUCGCUUAAAAGCAUGACGGUGACGCCUUUCUUGGUCGAUUCGCUAAAAAGCAUGAUGGUUACGCCUUUCUUGGUCGAGUCGCUUAAAAGCAUGACGGUGACGCCUUUCUUGGUCGAGUCGCUAAAAAGCAUGAAGGUGAGGCCUUUCUUGGUCGAGUCGCUAAAAAGCAUGAAGGUGAGGCCUUUCUUGGUCGAGUCGCUAAAAAGCAUGAAGGUGAGGCCUUUCUUGGUCGAGUCGCUAAAAAUCAUGACGGUGACGCCUUUCUUGGUCGACUCACUUAAAAGCAUGACGGUGAGGCCUUUCUUGGUCGAGUCGCUAAAAGCAUGA